AUGGGCAAUAUAGUAUCCGUUCUCCGUCGACCUCGUGUUCUCCCGCAAAUAACAAUAGUUCUCACCUGGGUCUCCCCUAAAGACAUCGUCUCUCUUGUGCAAGCCACUAAGACCCUUGAAUUCAAGCGACGGGAAUUUGGCAAUCGGGUAGUCAUCGCGACAUCCGCCACUGAUGUACCAACCACAUCGUCCACGGACCAACCUGAAGAGAAAGACACAGAGCAAAUUGCGGACCGAUUUCCUCAAGGCUAUAUCUACUAUCUUCAGACCAAGGCACUGGACCGACCUAUUCACUAUAAAAGCCACAUCCGUCUCAUCGUCCUGGACCCUGGACAGCAAAUCAUUGCGCCUGGGGUCCAAAUCAUGGGCCCUCCGGCUAGAGGCUUCCUCGUAGGUCUCGAUCCGGUUCUCCCUCCAAACCUUCUCCAAAAAAUCAACGUCUGUGACAACACGCUGUCAGGGACUCAAUCGCUGGGGUAUCUUCUGUCUGGGGUUGACCAGUUUGCCGACUGGGAGAGUAGCUGGGGCGAGCUCAUUCACUGGUGGCUUCUCCUGUUGAGACCAUAUUGGUUUUCGAUUGCGUUUGCUUUGGUGUUUGUUCCACUGCUUAUCACAGUGUUGGUCAUUGUGUUUGCUCGUUAG